UAAGUCGUUCAGCCGCACAACCUCAGCCGCAAAAGGCGCUUUUCCUGAACUCAUCGAGUCUCUUCGGUGGACUACACGCUUUAGUAUCUUUAGUCUCUACCCAAGGUACUGUAUACACGUUCAUGCACAGAUGCGGUACUGAGCAAUUCGCGGUAGCACACUGCUCGAGUCCCACCGCACAUAUCCCCCAUCGACUGGAGGUAGAGAUGUUAGGCUUAUCAUAUUAGUUGGCACAGAGUAGAAUUCACCUCUGCAGUGACUGAAGCAGACGUUCAAUAUGAAUCUACUGGCCCAGAAUCCAUGUGCCCUCAUCGCCGCCGGUCUCGAGGCUCUAUCAUUGUACCGACUGCCACCGUUCCGCUACAUCCCGCUUGAACCGGAUCAGAUCCGUCUGCUCCGGAUUCAACCAGGAAUUUCAUCAUCUCCCGUACACUGCAUGACAUACAAUAUCGAUCAAAAAGCGGCAACUACUAAAUAUCUGGCAUUGUCUUAUUGCUGGGGUUCUCCGACACGCUUUUCAAGAACUAUCGUACUGAACAACUGCCGUCUAUCUAUUCAACCAAAUCUCUACCAGGCGUUGGUGGCUCUUCGACGCCGAGAUGAAGUUGUGGAGCUUUGGGCAGACGCCAUAUGUAUUAAUCAGAGUAAUAUUGACGAAAGGAAUUCACAAGUGGCGCAGAUGGACCAGAUAUACAUAUCUGCAUCAUCCGUCAUAAUAUGGCUUGGCGAGGCUGGAGACGAGAGUGACUAUGUGAUGAGAAGCAUAGCGAAUCGCGACCUUGAAGCUUUUAUCACACCAAGAUUCAUGUUUGCUAUCAUAAGAAUAUUAAAGAGACCUUGGUUCACGCGAACUUGGAUUGUCCAGGAGUUUGUCCUGAAUCCAAAACAGCCGCUCUUGGUUUGUGGCUCUGCGCCCGAGGUCACCAUCAACCAGUUCUUGGAGGCAUACUAUGCAGGCUAUCCUAUGGCUGCGAAUGAACGAUUCCCACCUAUUGCAGGUAUAGGAACUCCUUCCAAGUCGGAACAAGCCCGAAGUUGGUCCCUACUGCACCACUCUCUACUCACCAUGCUUAUGUCCAUCCGAAAUGGUAUUCAGAGGCAUUCCCCUCGAGGUUACUAUAGCCUAGACCACGCGCUCUUCGCCACACGAUCCUUUUGUGCUACAGACCCGCGCGACAAGAUCUUUGGUCUGCUCGCACUAACUGACGUCGAAACACGACAGAAGAUCCAACCCAAUUACGAUAAGACAGUGGAAGAUGUUUUCCAAGAUGUCACAAGGUAUUUCUUAAUAAAUGAGGCUUCAACUUCCAUCUAUUGGAUUGCGCCAUUUGGUGCGGGUAAGACGAGAAACAAGACCAGGGAUGCUUCCGUACCAUCCUGGGUCCCGGACUUCAGUGACGCUUCGAUGCAAGCAAACCCUAUACCAUAUGGAGACCCUGAAGGCUACGCUGUUGUCCGUACUCACAGCAAAGAGCUCGUACGGGUCACUGAAUGCGGGAAGAAGCUCCAUGUGCGGGGCGUCAAACUUGGCUUCGUAGCUAGUACCAUCAAAGCGCCAAUCUUCAUGCAUAACAUACCAUUUUACCGAUCAAAUAGAUCACGGUUCGCUGGAAUAAUAUCCUGGAUUAUAGCCCUCUUCAAAUUUGGAAAUCUCAUGGCGUCUAUGGCAAGAUUUAUUGUGGCGAUCGAGACUAGCGUGCAGAGCACUGAAGCACAGCAUAUGGAACUGCGGCCCGAGCCCUUAUGGGAAACCCUUUUAGCCCCCAUGUCCUCCACCGAGAAGUUCAAUGACAAGAAUGACUGUUCACAGAAGUUCGACAAGAUGCUAGCCGCGGCACGCAACUUUUCUGAGUCGAGAGUAGGAUGGCCUUGGUGGAUAACAUGGUCGCGCACGGCACCUCUUAUCGCCGCAGUCGCCGCUGCAAAGCCCGUAUCCGAACAAAUGAUGCUCGCAUUCUCAUCUGGGCGAUGUUUCUUGUCUGGACGUGAACGCUGGUAUGGGAUCGGUGACGGGGAAAUGCAAGGCGGGGACGAAUUGGUGUUGCUAUUUCCGCCAGCGAACGUACCCUUUGUGGUAAGAAAGAAGGAUAAGGAGGCGUAUGAGAUGGUGGGCUUGGCGCACAUCCCAAGCGUGUUCCGAAAAGAAUCGAUCGCGAAAGACGCGAGUCAAUGGGAAGAAUUUGUCAUUAUGUGAGAAAGUUGGCGUGAACGUUCCUGUUUGUUACGAAAUUCCAAAUUGAAAUUCACUU